CCCAGCCCGGGGGAAGCGGCGGUGAGGAGUUUACGUCAGCCGCGGGAAGUCCCCCCCCGCCGGGCUGUUCGCCUCUCGGGCCGACCUGCCCUCAGCUGUAGCAGCGCUCCGCCUCCUGGCUCCUGCAGCCGGGACGGGCAACGCCGGGUGACCGGAGCGCGAGAAUUAAGCGGGUGGGAAGGUGUGAGCCGCAAACCCAGAGGAGGGCGGGAAGGAGGAAGAGGAGGACCCGGGGGUGGUCAGGGGGACUGGGGAUCCCGCCGGCAGAGGUCCCUUGGCCGCCUGACUAACGGGCUGAUUGACUGCAGCGGCUUCGGGUCCGGACGCUCGGAGCGGGGCGGCGCGGUGAGCUGAGCCAUGGCCUCAGGUGGUAAUGAACCACGUAUAGAGAUAAUUGAACAACCCAGGCAGAGGGGAAUGCGUUUUAGAUACAAAUGUGAAGGGCGAUCAGCAGGCAGCAUUCCAGGGGAGCACAGCACAGACAACAACCGAACAUACCCAUCUAUCCAGAUUAUGAACUACUAUGGAAAAGGAAAAGUGAGAAUUACAUUAGUAACAAAGAAUAUCCCACAUAAACCUCAUCCUCAUGAUUUAGUAGGAAAAGACUGCAGAGAUGGCUACUAUGAAGCAGAAUUUGGACAAGAACGCAGACCUUUGUUUUUUCAAAAUUUGGGUAUUCGAUGUGUAAAAAAAAAAGAAGUAAAAGAAGCUAUUAUUUCAAGAAUAAGGGCAGGAAUCAAUCCUUUCAAUGUCUCUGAGCAAGAGCUGCUUGAUAUUGAAGACUGUGACCUCAAUGUCGUGAGAUUAUGUUUUCAAGUUUUCCUCCCUGACGAACGUGGUAAUUUGACAACUGCUCUACGUCCUAUUGUCUCUAACCCAAUUUAUGACAACCGUGCUCCUAAUACUGCAGAACUAAGGAUCUGUCGUGUAAACAAGAACUGUGGAAGUGUCAGAGGAGGAGAUGAAAUAUUUCUACUCUGUGACAAAGUUCAGAAAGAUGACAUAGAAGUUCGGUUUGUGUUGAACGAUUGGGAAGCAAAAGGUAUCUUUUCACAAGCUGAUGUACACCGUCAAGUAGCCAUUGUUUUCAAGACUCCACCAUAUUGCAAAGCUAUAACGGAACCGGUAACAGUAAAAAUGCAGUUGCGAAGACCUUCUGACCAGGAAGUUAGUGAAUCUAUGGAUUUUAGAUAUCUGCCAGACGAAAAAGAUACAUAUGGCAAUAAAGCAAAGAAACAAAAAACAACUCUCCUUUUCCAGAAACUGUGGCAGGAUUGUGGAGUUAAUUUUCCUGAAAGACCUAGACCUAGUCCCCUAGGAUCAACUGGAGAAGGAAGAUUCAUCAAAAAAGAACCAGUCUUGUUUUCGCAUGGUGCAGUUUUGACAGAAACGUCCGGGCCAGUUUCAAGUCAAGCAGAAUCCUACUAUUCCUCAUCUGCGCCCAUCUCCAGUGCAUUGCCACAUCAUGCUUCGGCCAUACCCACAAUGGUACCUCAGCCUUCUUCAAGCUGGUCAUCAGUGGCCCACGCCACCUCACGUUCAGUCAAUACAAAUUCACUGAGUAGUUUUUCGACAGGGACGCUUUCCUCUAAUUCACAAGUUAUCCCACCAUUCCUGGAAAUGUCUGUUGUGAGUGAUUUGAAUGUGUCUAAUGCUUGCAUUUAUAACAAUACUAAUGACAUAGGCAGAAUGGAAGCAUCAUCCGUGUCACCAGCUGACUUAUAUGGUAUUUCUGAUGCCAGCAUGCUGCCUAAUUGCCCUGUGAACAUGAUAACGCCCAGUAAUGACAGCAUGAGGGAGACUGAUAAUCCAAGACUUGUGAGCAUGAAUCUUGAAAAUCCUGCCUGUACUUCAGUGUUAGACCCAAGAGACUUAAGACAGCUCCAUCAGAUGUCCUCUUCCAGGAUGUCAGCAGUCGCCAGUUCUAGUACUACUGCUUUUGUUUCACAGUCAGAGGCAUUUGAGGGAUCUGACUUUAAUUGUGCAGAUAACAGUAUGAUAAAUGAGUCAGGACCAUCAAACGGUACUAAUCCAAACAGUCAUAGUUUUGUUCAAAAUAGUCAGUAUUCAGGUAUUGGCAGUAUGCAGAAUGAACAAUUGAGUGACUCAUUUGCAUUCGAAUUUUUUCAGGUUAACUUGUAAGAUAUAAAUGGUGAUUGAAGAAUUAAAUCCCUUUAAAGGUAACCCUUUUGAUAUUACCUUUAUAAAUACAACAUUAUAUAUUUCUCUAAGACUAUACUACAGUAUAUCGUGGACCCUUGAACAACACGGGUUUGAACUGUGCGGGCAGGUCCAGUUAAUACUCACAUUUUCUUCACUAAAUAUGUAGUGCAGUACUACACGAUUUGAGGUUGGUUGAAUUCAUGGAUGCAGAAGACAUCCAUGGAGACAGAGGGCCGACUGUACGGUUUUUUUUUUUUUUUUUGGUGGUACGCGGGCCUCUCACUCUUGUGGCCUCUCCCGUUGCGGAGCACAGGCUCCGGACGCGCAGGGUCAGCGGCCGUGGCUCAUGGGCCCAGCCGCUCCGCGGCAUGUGGGAUCUUCCCGGACCGGGGCACGAACCCGUGUCCCCUGCAUCGGCAGGCAGACUCUCAACCACUGCGCCACCAGGGAAGCCCGAGUGUACAGUUUUAAACACAGAGUUUUCACUGCACGGAGCGUCUGCACCCCAACCCCCGUGUUGUUCAAGGGUCAACUGUAAGUAUAACUUCAGGUAUGUAGGGGAUUCCUCUAACAGGCAGUCUUGUCUUGGGAGCUUCUUGUUUUGCUGGCAGAGAAUUUGUUGGGAUAUAAAAGAUGAAUGCUCAGUGCUUGAAGCUGCAGCUAAAAGAGAAGGAUGAACUCGUUUCCCAACUUCAGGAAGAGUUAGAAAAAGUCCAGCAUUUACAGAAGACUUUUGCUUCAAAAGUAGAUUAAUCCACACAGACUGAACUCCUAGGCUAUGAUGCAUUGUGGAAUCCUACAUACAAAGAAAAUUUAUGUAAACCAGUGUAUGAUGAAUCUGUGACAUGUUAAAUACUGAAUAAAAUCAAUUUUUCCAUUAAAAAAAUCCAACUUUGGGUAUGUAGAAUACAAAGUUGGAAAGUCAUAAAAGGAAAAUUCCAAAAUAGAAAUUUAAAAGAGCUUUACUGUUUCUUCUUUUGAAACAUGUGAUCUGAUACUGUGUGUGGUGGGAAUUCUAGCAUGAGAAUCCUGCCACAUUUUCCCAGGACAGACUGAGGAGAACAAUAGAGCAAGCCUUCAGUUUUUCCAGCUACAUCGUUUUAUACUUCUUUUAUAAUGUAUUAAUGUAUUCUUAGUUAAAUGAAUUAACUGAUAUUUGCUUUUAAGCAAAUUUAAGGUAAAACCUGUAAUGGCUAUGUCAUUGGAAAAAUUAAUUCCUUAUUAUUUUUGAGGCCAAUGGGCCAAGGUGACCCCUAAGGGGUUCUCUGAGGCUUUCUGGAGUUUCUUAGAUUUACAUGUAAAUCAAAAUUUCUUUAAAAUGUUAAGUUGGGCAGCAGGCAGUUGAAGUAAGCUUUCAAGGUAUGGGAGUUCCCUACAUUUUGAAGUAUUUAGAUCCAUACCUGUAAAAUUGCUUAUGAUUUUAACUUUACAUCCAUGUUUUUAAGAGGAAGAAGUUUUCUUGGACCUGUCCUCUUUGUUAUGUGUCCGAAAUCACUGUGAUCUCAUCCAAUUUCAUGCUGUCAACUCCCAAAUGUUACCCCUAGCUUAGACCCACCCCUUGAACUCCAGUCUUGGAGCUUAUGUGUGUGUGUAAAACUGCUUAUUUGACAUCUCUACAUAGAGAUGUAAUUAAAGCUCAAACUCAACACAUCCAGAGCUGAGUUCUUGAUCUUCCCUCCCAAACUUGCUUAUCCUUCAGUCUUCCUCAACUCAAUAAAUGGCAAUGCCAUGUUUCCAGUUGCUCAGGUCCCAAACAAUGGAGUCAUCUUUGCUUCUUUUUUUUCUUUUAUCUCUCAUAUCCAAUCCAUCAGCAAAUCUGGUAGGCCCUACCUUCAAAAUAUAUCUUAAGCUGCCCACCUCUUUUGACCUCUGAUAUUAACAUCCUAUUCCAGACCACCAUCAUCUCUUGCAUAGAUUGAAUUAUAGCCUCCAAAAACUCUCUUCAUACUUGUGCUCCUGCCGUCUGUUCUCCCUGAAGUAGCCACAGUGAUUAUUUUUAAAAGAAAUAAAAUCAUAUUCACUUGCUCAAAACCAUCCAGUGGCUCGCCAUGUCACUUAAAGACCAAAAUCCUUAAAAUUAGCGGGCCCACACUCCCUCUCUUACCCUCAUUCACUACCAUUUUCCCCUUCUCAUUCAGCUCCAGGCACUCUAGCCUCAAUGCUCCUCUUCAAAAACACCGAGGACACUCCUGCCUCAGACCCUUUGUACCUCCCUGGUGGUGCAGUGGUUAGGAAUCUGCCUGCCAAUGCAGGGGACAUGGGUUUGAGCCCUGGUCCGGGAAGAUCCCACAUGCCACAGAGCAGAUAACCCCGUGAGCCACAACUACUAAGCCUGCAUGCCUAGAGCCCGUGCUCCACAACAAGGGAACUAGUUGUAAAAUAAACUCAGUUGUAUGUUUACCUCAUGCCUUACAUCCUUCAGUCUCACUCAACUGUUAUUUGAUCAAGGCCUUCCAUAACUAUAUAUACAUUGACACUCCAUGUCUCCCCUCCUUUACAUUUGUCCAUAGCACUUAUCAUGAUCUGACUUUACUGUUUGUUUGUUUAUAUUUGUUUUCCCAUACUGGAAUAUAAGCUCCGUGAGGGCAAAGUUUUGUGUUUUUGUUGAAUCCCACAUUUGUAGAACAGUGUCUGCUUCCUGUUACGCACUCAGUAAAUAUUUACUGAACAUUCAAAGUACUACUAAUAGAACUUCGGUUUUUGAAAGAAAGAAUAGCUUUAAUUAUUAGAUGUUUAUGAUUUUUAUAGUUCUGCUUCAUGUGACAUUGAGUUUAUUAUAUCAGAAUCAUGUACAUUCAGGUUGAUGACUAAUAAUGGUGACCCAAAUUGUUUGAAAGCAAAGUAAUCCCAGUGGCAAAAUGACUGUAGAAUUUGGACAGUAAUCUUAAUUGUGAUGGAAUCAUCAUGAUGCUAAGUAACUUGCUAAAGAUAAAGACCUAGUUUAUUUUACAGCUAGAAUGUACGUAAAUGUUGAGCAUAUUUCUAGCUAGAAACAAUGUGUCUUUUCACUUAUGUGUAGUAUCCAACCAAACCAUAAAUUUACUGGAACGAUUAAAGCUAGUCAAUUUUGUCAAAAUGGGGAAUGUGUGAAUGUCAUAAAAAUUAAAAUUCUGAGUUGAAUGAUUCUGGGAAAUGAGAAGGAGAGCAUGAUAAGACUUGGGGUCAGAAUAGUCUGGAAAGAAAAAGAUUAAAGACACCUAACUAUCAUUAAUAGUUCUUAGAAAUUAUGAUUUCAAAAAGAAAUACUUCUGUUGUAUAACUUUAAAAAUCAUAAGCAUAUAACAUACUUUAGUAGAACUUACCAGGGAGAAAAAACAUGAAGGCAUUUCUUCCCUGUUCAAAAUAUGUACCCAAUACUCAGCCAUAAAAAGAAACGAAAUUGAGCUAUUUGUAAUGAGGUGGAUAGACCUAGAGUCGGUCAUACAGAGUGAAGUAAGUCAGAAAGAAAAAGACAAAUACCGUAUGCUAACACAUAUAUAUGGAAUUUAAGAAGAAAAAAAAAAUGUCAUGAAGAACCUAGGGGUAAGACAGGAAUAAAGACACAGACCUACUGGAGAACAGACUUGAGGAUAUGGGGAGGGGGAAGGGUGAGCUGUGACAGGGCGAGAGAGAGUCAUGGACAUAUACACACUAACAAACGUAAGGUAGAUAGCUAGUGGGAAGCAGCCGCAUGGCACAGGGAUAUGAGCUUGGUGCUUUGUGACCGCCUGGAGGGGUGGGAUAGGGAGGGUGGGAGGGAGGGAGAUGCAAGAGGGAAGAGAUAUGGGAACAUAUGUAUAUGUAUAACUGAUUCACUUUGUUAUAAAGCAGAAACUAACACACCAUUGUAAAGCAAUUAUACCCCAAUAAAGAUGUAAAAAAAAAAAAAAUUCAUAGCAAAAAAAAAAAAAAUGUACCCAAGAUAUCUCCAGAUAGUAGCUUAUAGAUGGUGAACUUUUUUUUUUUUUUAAUACAGAAUCGUAUAAUUUUGUAGUAACUAGCACUUAGCUUAAACACUGACUGUUAGGCUAUCUAAAUGGAUACUUUAAAUUAAACAACUGACUUGUUUUUGCGGGGUUAUUUUUCUAUGUAAGUUGAAUCAAGGUCCGGCUACGUUUGUGUUCAGAGUAUUUCCAAAGGAUUUUUCAUUUUUCAGGUGCUAUUUACUGAUCACAGAUUUUAUUUUAUAAUUUUAAAAAAUUGGUAACCUGCUUCUUUUUCUCUAAAUGUAUUUAUACUUUCAUCUGUUCUUUUAUCACCCUACUUUUAGUUUUGAGGAGAUUACCUCUUGCUUCCUAAACUCUACUUGUAUACUGGAUCCCUCUUCCUUCUCUCCCAUCUUGUUUCUGUAUCCUCAUAUUACCAUUUAGUGCUUUUCUCGUAUAAACACGGUAACUGUUUUCUCUAGCCUAAAAGAGAAAGGAUAAACACCUUUCCUACCACUAUCGUGCUCCUUCCCUUCACAUCCAGACUUACAAAAUGCUUUCAGCCUCCAUUUCCUCACUUCCCAGUCAUUCUUUAGCCUAUCUCUUUUAUCUCCUACUAUUUUCUUAUGAUUUUCUGGGAAAAGUGACCAGAGACACCCACCCUUGUCAAAUCUAGUGUCUUUUUAUCAGUCCUCACUCUGCUUGACCUAUCCAUAACCUAUCCUCUCGACCACUCCCUCUUCAGAUACUCUCUCUGAGGUUGACUUUCUUUCCAGAGUCUCAUCCCCAGCGCUCAGUUGGUGCUACUUUUUUCCCCUGGGUUACCUCAUCAGUGCUCAGAAGAAAGCUUCAGCUUUCUCUUACGAUACCUGAAUGUCUUUAUAAACUGGCUGCUCCUGUUGCAUUCUCUACUUUCAUUAAUGGCAUUACCAUUUACCCUACCAUCCAAGAUAUUUAAUAGGAGCCUCAAAAUGGUAUUUUAUUCUCUUUCGUCCUCACACUCAAAGAGUUAUCAAGUCCUUUUGGGUCUGCCUCCUGAAAAUCUCUUGUAUUUGUCCUUUCUUCAUUCCUGCUGCUUUCUUAGUUUAGGCCUUCAUUCUUUUUCCCUAACAAGACUCUUUUCCGUAUUGCCCCAGUUAAAAAUAAUACCCCUUCUUCCGUACACUGUAUUGCAUAGUUAGCAUUCCUUGAAGACUCUCUCAGGCCACUAGGCCUCCAUGCCUUUCGCAUGUUGUCCACUUUGCCUCUGCUCUUGACCUCCACAGCAAGCAGCCUUCACGAUGGGGCUUCUCUGUGAAGUUUGGUCCUAGCUGAGGCACAGCUUUACACAUACCCACCCUACUGCAGAACUCCUCACUGAACUAUACAGUUAUAUGAAAUUUCUCUCGUUCACCUUUGGAACUCCAUCACUUAGCGCAAUGCCUGGCACAGUUGGUGCUGAAUAAAUGGUAGUGCUGAUAGAGAGGGAAGGGUGAAAUUGACAUAGGUGUGAUUAUAAAAAAUGUGGACAAGGAUAUGGUUUUUAAAGGGAAAGGUAUUUAACCUGGCAGGAAAAGCCGCGAUGCCAAGAUUACCAGGCUUGUGACGUACUUUACCCUGUGCCUCCUGUAGUGUCAACUGUAUUGCGUAGAAAUUUUACAGUUACUAGGACUGUUUCAUAUCUCUGACCUUACUCCUCCUCUCUCUGUGUGGCAGGUUUAAUCUCAGUUCCCCUCUGGUGCAUUCCCUCAGCACCUUACCCUUGCACAGAAACUCCAGUAUUCAUGUGAUCAGUCACAUUUUUGAAUGUCUAAUGUGCAAAGCACCAUGUUAGGAGCUAGAAAUGACACAGAGGUGAAUGAGACAAAGUCUUGCUCUCAAAGAUGUCAGUCUUUUUCUUUGGAGGGAUAACAUAUAGUAAAGUGCAUAAAGUGGACUAAUUUUAAAUUUGCAGCUUGAUGAAUUUUUACUUAUGUAAAUAAUCAUUUCCAGCUCCCCAGAAGUUUCCUUCAUGCCCCUUGCCAAUCUACCUACUCCUCAAAACCACUAUUCUGAUUUCUGUCAUCAGAACCUACUAUCUUAAUGGCCUUUUACAUUGGUAACUGGGCUUCCCUACUCAAAACCUUAGUGAACAAAAACAGCUGGGUUGUCAAUUUCUAACCUAAUGCUUCAGAAAAACUAAUUAUACUGUCCAUGUUAAGAGAGACUUAGAAUUGGUGGUCCAGUCUGCCUAGUAGCUCCAAAUAAUUUCUUCUAUCAUUAAUUGAUUUAUUGAGGGAUUUAAAAACUUACUGUAUGAUGUUAAAUAGCAUGGAGAAAUGGAAAGAGUAAUUUUUAGUCAGAACAUCUGGGUUUGAAUCUUCAGCUCUGCCACUUAGAAGUCAUUUAAUAUUUAGUAGAUCACACUUUCUAUGGGCCUGUCUCUUCAGAUAUAAAAUGCAGAUAAUUCCCAGCAUACUUAACUCACAAGGUGUGUUGUAUUAAAUAAAAUAAUGCAUAAGAAGAAACACUGUAAAUUGUAUAAUGCAAAUCAAAUAUUGUUAGUAAAUCAACAUAUGCAUAUAUCCUAUGGCCCUGAUAAUCUCUAAUCCAAACACUCCUUCCAGUUCACAGAGUGACAGAUCACUAUGGAUUAGAUUCUUUAGUAAGAACCCUGGAAUGACUUCCUCUUUAGAGUGGCUAGCUAUUGCCCAAAUAUGGAGGACUUUCAUUUGGCCAUAUUCUUUCCAGAACAUUUCCUAUGGUAUAGUGAAGACAAGGUCAAUUAAUGACUUCGGGUUCUGAAAUUCUAUGACUCUUAAUUUCUUUGCCAAAAUUGACUAUGAAUUGGGAGUUUUAUGACUAUCUUCCUAAGAAGGAGUCUCAUCAUAGCUAAUGAAGUGGCCACGUGAAGAUUUCUGAUCUGUUUUGUUUCUGGAGAUUGAGAGGGGGAAAAUUAGGGUGCUUUUUGCAUCACAAAUAAUACAAAAUUUCAUGCUAUUUAACAUUAUAAGCCCAGGAGUGGGUAGCGAAUCAGAGAUAAAUGUAUGAGUUGUCUGUACCCAGUUUUAUGCCUUUGUUUGUCUAAGACUUGGUCAAAUUAAUAUCUUAACUAAUACAUCUCAGCAGAGUUUAAAGUACAAACUUAACAUCAGUAAAGUCUCAAAAGUAAUCAUGUCACCACUACUUUCACUAAUAAAACACAGAUACAAUUUUUAAAGAAUUAUUUCUUCUAAAUAUUUUUUCUAUUCUAAAUGUCUGUGGCUUUAGAAAAAAGUACCUGCUAGUAAUUAUCUACUUAAAGGGAGUAGCAUUUAUCAUACUCUUUUUUCUUAAUCUCUUAUUUCUACAAUUUCAGUUUACUAUUGGACUUCAAAAAUUUAAAGAAUCACCAAAAAUUUAUUAAAUACCUAUGUGUGAACAGUAAUACACAGUAAUUAGUACAAAAUGUUGGUGCUUCAGUAAAUCAAGUUUUCAGGAAUAUCAGCAGAUAAGUAAAAUACAAACUUUGUUAAAGGUAUCAUUCAUCUUGCUUAUUUUUCUAAUUAAACCUUAAUCAGAACAUUACAGCUCUGCAUAAAAUGUAGUGAAAAAUAAGUUGGAGUGUUUGGGGACCCCAUUUGUGGAAUUCAGUCUCAGGAGACUUCGUUAGUGACACACUUGAUUUUAUUGGGUAAUCAGCUAAAAAUAUUGGUUGCUGGCGCACAGUUCAGAUAGCUUUAAGAUGAGAUGGAAAGGAAAACACAAAGUUUUUGGGUAAUGGGCAUUCUUAAAUGCAUGGUUCAGACCAGAUGAACACUUUUGGAGAUGACUUCCAUUUUAAAAGAAUGUACUUAAAAAUACUGUUGACUAUGAUGAAUCCAGAUCCCUGAAGAAUGGCACUGCUAUUUUUAUUUUUUAACUGUUCUAUUUGUAUAUGCUUCUUAAUGACUGUAAUGAAUUUGGAAGCACUGAAAAAAAUGAUUUUUAAAAGUUCUCAGUGUUCAAUUAUUUAAUGUUAAGUGUGAUACUUAAAAGUUGAAAUCAUUUUUUAAAUGUCAAAAUGUCUUUUGUACAGAAUAUUUUAUUACUUUUGUAAUAUCUUGUAUACAGUGAUUUUUUUCUUGAUAAUAUAAUAAAUGGAAAAAAUUCUAAAACCCUUACAAAAAUUUGUUGCUGUUUGACUUUAAAAUUAUCAAGAUUUUCUUGUAUUUAUAGCAUCCUCCUUAAAGAGAAAGGCAGUUUUGGUUGCUUAGAAACAUUAGACAUUUUUAUGGAAUGCUGUAUCUGAAUAUACUUACAUAUGUAACUGUCCUUUAAAGUGAUAAUUUUUGGGCUUCCCUGGUGGCGCAGUGGUUGAGAGUCCACCUGCCGAUGCAGGGGAUGCGGGUUCGUGCCCCAGUCCGGGUAGAUCCCACAUGCCGCGGAGUGGCUGGGCCCGUGAGCCAUGGCCGCUGAGCCUGCGCGUCCGGAGCCUGUGCUCCGCAACAGGAGAGGCCACAACAGUGAGAGGCCCGCGUACCACAAAAAAUCAAAUAAAUAAAAUAAAUUUU